GUCAGUUCGUCCCCAGCCAGGCCAGAUGCGCGGGGCAGAUCAAGAUAGCGCCUGGCUGAAGGGUCGGGGCGAUCGAACAUCCCACAGGGAACAGCGACAGGUCCGGUGGGGCUGAUCGGGAGCGUCUCCGCUGUAUACUCCGUCUGGCCAAUGAAGUUUCAGCAGAGUAUAUGAACAGCAACUUCCCAGAAAUAUUGAUCAAAUUCAUGGCGUCUGACCGGCCGAGACCAACAGCCCGCGGCUAAGGUCACGGGCAACACCUCAGGCUUUGUCCGCGGCCGACCGGCCUUGUGGCUAGGCGGCCGGCGGCCCGUGUGCCCAAGGUCGCACCUGAGGGCAGGCGGCCAUUUUGAGCAGGCGGCGGCGCCGGCGCACCUGUGCUCCGCCGCCGCCGCCGCCGGCGCCGUCGGCCGCGCCAGUGGCGUGCGAUUGCCGGGAGCGAGCGUGCGGCGUCGGGCAGGGAGUCAUGGCGGCGCGCAGUCCGCCGGCACACAGUGACGACUCGUCGGAGACGGCGCGCAGCCGCGACGGCGCCGACGGCGAGCAGAUCCAGAUGCCGGUCCGGCUGCGGCACACCAACGAGGUGGCGUACGCGAUCAUCGACGGCCGCGUGACGCAGGUGCAGGUGGCCACAGCGGCGGACCUGGCGGCCGCCGCCGCCGGCGCCGACAUGGAGAACGACGAGGUGCCCGCCGAUGUCGACGAUGAGAUGAACGAAGAGGAAAACGACGCCGAUGAGGAUUCGAUGGAGGACCGCUCCGGCGGCCACCCGGCCGGUAUGGCGGCCAUCACAUCCCUCUCGGGCUCUCCAACAUUCAGCGGCUCGACUCGACUCAGCCAUACGCCAACCUCAGAGUUCCAGCCCCCCUACUUUCCGCCUCCUUACAACCCGGCCAGUGUGGCCGAUCAGUUCCAGCUGCAUCACGUCAAUGCCGCCGCCUCGGAGGUGGCCUACCAGCUGAGCACGAGCCUGCAGCAGCAGACCUACCCUAUCUCGGCCAGUCUGGUGGCGCGGCGGACCGACGGAGACACGGCGACUAAUAAUGCGUCCAACCUACAUAUGCACGACUCAGUACGGUUCUCGAGCCGGCCUGAGACCGUGCUGAUGAGAGCCGGUCACGUGUUAGGGGAGACCCAGGACGCUGUCAUCCUCCCAAACUCGAUACAUGGCAUGGACGAUGGUCAGAGCAUUGGGAUAGAUAGUGACUCCUUCCCAGGCGUCAAGGCCGAGUGGGAGGACAGUGACGCCCUGCUGCCCAGCGGCCUGCAUCCGUCCGACCUGUUCUGCAGCGUGCCCGGUCGGCUCUCGCUGCUCGCCUCCAACUCAAAGUACAAAGUCAAUGUGGCCGAGGUGCGCCGCCGACUGGCGCCGCCCGAGUGUCUCAACGCCUCCCUGCUCGGCGGAAUCAUCCGCAGGGCCAAAUCUAAGAACGGCGGCCGUCUGCUGCGAGAGAACCUGGAGAAGAUCGGUCUGAACCUGCCAGCCGGCCGUAGGAAGGCGGCCAACGUCACCCUGCUCACGUCGCUCGUCGAGGGUGAGGCGAUUCACCUGGCACGUGACUUCGGAUACGUCUGUGAGACCGAGUUUCCGUCUCGCCAAAUCGCCGAGUACUUGUGCCGCCUUCACUCCGCUCCGGCUGAGCAAUACCAGCGGCGAGAGCUGGUCAAAGCUACCAAGGAGAUCACAAAGGAGCUGAUGGACCUGCUGAACCAGGACCGGUCGCCGCUGUGUAACACGCGGCCGCAGAUCAUCCUGGACCCGCAGAUCCAGCGGCAUCUGACGCACUUCUCGCUCAUAACGCACGGCUUCGGCAGUCCGGCCAUCGUGGCGGCGCUCACCGCCAUUCAGAACUACUUGAACGAGUCGAUCAAGUACCUGGAUAAAUCGUUCCCGACCAACAUACACAUCCACCUGGGCUCCCCGGGCCUGGACGGAAAACACAAGGACCUCGACAAGAAGUAGCGGCCGUGCUGCCGCGUGACGUCGCUGGUACUCGGUCGCUGAUUGGCUGCUGACGCUGCGGCGGACCAGCACUCUCAGUGCUGGUUUAUGUGGCGUGCUGCUGUCAAUAUAGGUGUCCAGUGAGUAUAAAACACACACAGAGCGUCAGUUAUAUUCUGUAACAGUGGGACCAGCUCUCGGCAGGCCUGGUGGUGUGCCGUGGCUAUUCAAAGUGUGCCAUGGAGCGGCCUGCCCGGCUCUGUUUAUGAUUUGUUUGCCGGCGGUGCUCUUUUGUAUCCUUUUGUACAGCGAAUGUUAUGGAAAAUGCCGCGGGUUGUUCCAGGACGGCUGUAUUUUGUCUUCCGUCAGGCAGCGGGUCGAUUUUUGUAUGAAUAGUGCCUUCUGCGCGGCCCAAGAACUUGGUGGUAGAGCUCAUGGACCCAUGACUGUUCACCAGCCUUGCUCAAACCGACCAGUGGUGCCUGACGCGGCCACCAGAGGCGCUGCGGUCGCAUGGUGCACCGUGAAUAGAAAUAAAUGCAUGUUGGGGCGGGACAUGGUGCUUCUAAAACCCUUUGUUUUACGUUUUGGAGCGUGUCCAUGGGGAAACCUUGUAAUGUAACCGUAUUCGUCCUGGGGCGUUGACGUGUUACAUCGUGUGAAAUGAACUAUAGGUAGCUCCGUUUAUUCGGUGACAUUGGUGCUUUCGAAAGGUUUACUCCGAAGCGCGUGCGGCUUGUUGGACUGUGUCUCAACACCAUGGGCCAAACAGAGACGCGUUAAUACUCAUGACCGCGGAGCUGUGUCAAAGCAUUCCAGUUUGAUUUGGGGCACAACUGACCGCGCCGACUGGCGUUUGCCCUACGACUGCGUACCCGGACCUCUCUGCGCCCCAGAGUCCAGCGCUGGGCGCGGCUGUCUGCAUGCUGUGUGUAUAUUGUUAGUAACGGAUCGAGCCGCAAAUUCGCAGCGUGUGAUGUCAAUGCAUUUAAGCCGUUCAAUAAAGUCGUCCCGUGACCGGCAAA